AUGAAGUCCAUGAGCUUUUGCUUCGUCGUCGUCGUGUUUCUUGCGCUCGCGGAGAUCUCACGCUGCGAGCUGAGGCUGGGUUUUUAUGCCGACUCGUGCCCCGAGGCCGAGUCCGUCGUCCAGUUCACGGUGGCUCAGGCAGUCGCGACUAAUCCUGGAAUCGCUGCUGGGCUUCUACGUCUUCACUUCCACGAUUGCUUUGUCCGGGGAUGCGAUGGCUCGGUUCUCGUCGAUUCUACCGGGAACAACAAGGCCGAGAAGGAUGCGAUUCCAAACUUCGGUCUUCGUGGGUUCGAAGUCAUUGACAAUGCAAAGGCUCGGCUCGAGGAUCGGUGUCCUGGAACAGUGUCUUGUGCUGAUAUACUCACGUACGCUGCUCGCGACGCCGUCUCACAGGUUGGAGGACCUCGCUGGGACGUCCUCGGUGGAAGAAGAGAUGGAACCGUGUCUCGAGCAGACCAAGUCGGCGCAAAUCUUCCAUCGCCGCUGUUCAACGUCGAUCAACUGACCAAGAGUUUUGUUCGCAAAGGAAUGACACAGGAAGAAAUGAUCACUCUCUCAGGUGAAAAUUUCCAUCAUGCUCAUCUCUCAAUCGCCAAAAAGUUUGUUUUUUAUUCCAUCGUAGGAGCUCACACGAUUGGAAUCGCGCAUUGCCUCUCCUUCGUCAACAGGUUGUAUAACUUCAGCACCACCUCGGUCCAGGAUCCCGACUUGGAUCCAAACAUGGCCAAACUUCUCAAAUCUCUGUGUCCCAAAGGCAGCGACUUCCUGGAUCCUAAAAGCAAAUCCAUAGCUCUCGACCCUCUCUCUCCCAACUUCUUCGACAAUGGCUACUACACAUCGCUCAGCCUUCGCAGGAGCAUACUCACGUCGGACCAGAUCUUGUUCGCGGACUUGGACACUCGAGACAGUGUCGAGGACAAGCAGGCCAACGAGGCCGUUUGGAGGUUUAAGUUCGUGAAUGCAAUGGUAAAGAUGAGCACCAUCGGUGUGCUCUCUGGUAACCAGGGGCGAAUCCGCACGAACUGUAGAGUAGUUUCUUGAGAUAUAUGAAAGUGUUCACUUGAUAGCAAA